AUGACAGGCGUAAUGGCCUCUUACGAAGCAAUUGAAACCAUGUUGCGGGAAUGGGCGCAAAUCACGGCAGCGCCGACCAACGUGACAGCCGAGACAAUCGAAUCAAUGUUACCGUCGGCGUCACAAUUGUAUCAAGUCGGCUUGGCACUAUACUGGCUCACUCUAGAACCUGCGUCGUCAGACGUGACGCAGGAGGAUUUCGGGGUAGACGUGUCCGCUGCUUUGAAGGCUCUUAUUGACCUUGCUCCUCGCGAUUACGCCUAUGAGGUCUUGGGAGAUUUAAAACAGGCACUUCUCUACGUCGCAGAGACGUCUGAUGCAACUGACGACGGAGAUCUGCAGAAUGGAUGUCGAUCAAUGAUUGGGAUCUAUCAGAUUGGCUUGGAAGCCGUGGAUGGACAAAGAUGGACGAGCGACGAGCUCUCUACGCUUCUCUCGGAAACGGUCAGGGGUGAGAAAACGUGGAUUCCACUUUGUUUACAACUCGUGAACGUUUUGAUAUGGGGAGAAAAUAUUGAUCAGGAACAACUGCUACCAAUCAUACACACGCUUAAAGAAUUAGGUGCUUGGUAUUCUCUAAUUGGGCUGCAUUCAGCAAAACAUCCAGAUUGGAAGAAAGAACUUUUGUCGCGGUACAGCGACGCAACGGAACGUAAGUAUGUCGUGUCGCUUUUGGAAGCUGACGACGGGGAUGGAGAGCCGGUUCGCUUAAGUUUGGAGACACACGAUAAAGUCAAGCAAGGCCUUGGAAUCUCGAAAAAUGGAUCGGCCAAGCUUUCUCCUGAAGAAGCGCUCCAGAGACGAAUUGGCCAGGUACGCGAGGUCAUGCCCGAGCUUGGCGAAGGGUUCAUAGAAUCUGUUUUGAGCUACUAUAAGGGAAAUGUUGAACAGAGUUUGGCUGUGCUGCUCGACACAAGUCUUUUACCGGCGCAACUUCAAAUAUUGGACCAGUCGCUACCCCGGCGACAUCGAAAGCAAAUUACCUCGAACGAAGAGCAAGACGCCAGAGAGACGACGAAAGCCGCUUUGCAAGCGAUUCAACUGAGAGAAGAAGAGGAGGCUUUGGCAGUCGAUCGUGUCAUGGGGAGCGGAAACGAUGAGUAUGACGACGACUACGAUGAUCAAUACGACGCGCUUGAUGGAGUAGGGGGUGCCGAUAGUGGUCUAUAUGAUGAUUACGACGCCAUUCUUACAUAUAAUCGUAUCUUAAAACAAGUCGAAGGGGAACAAGGGUUCUGGGAAGAAACCCGCAACACUAAUCGGGCUACGCAUAAUGACCCAAAGAAGAGUAACGUAGACGGAAAGGUUUACCGAGGACAGGAUAAAUCGAAAGGUGGUAAAAUACCAGUUGCAGGACGAGGCGGGAAACUUGGAAGCCAGCUCGAGACUGCAAAUGCAGACGGUGGCGAACACGACGAAGGAACAAAAGGCAACAGCACAAGCACCGACAAUAAACCGAUUUCACGACGAGGCCAAAAACAUAAAUCCCAGAAACUUGCAAAACGAAGGGAGAAGCAAAAGCAAUCCUCCGCGACCCGAAGCGAGUAG